AUGGAACGUAAGCUUACAGAAUAUCAAUAUGUUUGCCAGCAUUUGACAGAUAGUACAUUGGGUGAAAAAAAUUUUUACUCGUAUUUUGGUUAUACUUCCUUAUCAGAUGGCAUAGAUGCACUUCAGAAUAUAUUUAAAUCGUUACGUGACGAUGCUAAAUUUCGUAACAUUGCUGAGGGAUAUUUGAAGCGAGACAAUUUUUUUAGAAACGAUAAGAUGGAUUUUUAUUUUAUGAGAAAGGAGAGAAAGAUGAAGGAGAAGAAGACUACAGAGAAAACGUUAACCAUAGCGAACGAAAGACACGAUCUGGCAACUGACAUCGUUCACAAUAAUUUACUUAAUAGUUUAAAUAAAGUAACAAAUAAUUUAGAAGAGAACGAAGACGACAAUGACGAGGCUAAAUCAAGUACACCUCCUGUCAAAGUUGAUAAUAACAGCAAUACACAGGCAAAUAACUUGCUGUGUUAUCUUGAUCAAAUUCCUCUUCACGCUGAAUAUUCACAUAUAAGAGAAGAUUGGAAAAUGGACGAUAUAAAUUUAAGCAAUAACCUAAAGGGGAUUGGUAUAAUUAAACGCGGCCAUUUUAACUUUUCAGAUACGGAUUGUACAUCACAAAUAAGUGAUGAGCAUUGUGACGAAGAUGACGAAAAAAUGCUGAUAAAUAUGUUUGGCGAAGAAAAAAAAAGGAUGCUCUUAAAACCAGGUAACCUAAAGUUGGUAUACAGCUUGACGGAUACCGAAGAGGACACCACAGAAACCCUGACUUCGCUGGAGAAACAAUGGCCAAUAUCUCUUCCUUCUGAUAUAUUGGAUAAACGAUUACGAGAUAUUUUGUGGGCAUUUGAGCUCAUAAAAUGGGACGGUACUUUUCUCGGGGAAAUGAAAGAACAAUGGGUUAAAACACAGUUAGUAUCUCGACUUCUUGUGCCAUUAAGUCCAAUAAAGUCUAGAGAAAUUGAAUCAAAUGCAGAAAAAAUAGUCGCUAACUACGACAAAGCAUUGAUGUUACCAAAAAUCAAAGCAAAAACUCGUGUAGAUGGUUUGGAUGAUGCUGAGGAAUUUGAGAAUGUUUGGGUUGAACUAAAAGGUGGCCUUGGUAAUUACCAUGAAGCUGAAAACAGAAACAACCGUGAAGAUUUAGAAGUUUUGUUUAAGGGAUUCUUGACAAUAUCUGCAAUGCAGGCCCUUACAUUGCCAGAAGAAGCAAAGAAGGAAAUUGGGGAUCUUGAAUUUUUCGGAAUACAAGGUAUUGGAAAUCAUUUCCAGUUCUGGGGCAGUUUUCAAGCUUUCAGAUAUCUCAUGUGCUCCUACCUAUUGGGAGAAUUUCACCUUCCCUCAUUUGAGGGAAGAGAGGGUAGUGGCAUUCAAGAUCUAUUAUAUGCAAUUAGAAUCGUUUACUCAUUUAAGAUAAGAAUAGAAACCAGUAAAUUAAAGUUUCACCAGGUCAGAGCUUUGGCAAGAAGUAAAAGAGUUUUUGAGGCUGAUUCUUCGCCAAUCAAAGCAAAGAGGGUUCGAAAACUUUCCGAUAUAACUUCAAUAAAAUGA